CUGACAUUUGUCCAGCUGACCCAAUCAAGAUGGAUUCAUACCACGACCCCAGUGUAAUAUUGCAGCUUAACAACCAGCUGAAGCCGAACAGUAAUUACUCAUUGAUGAUCCGAGUACUUUUGAAAGAACCCGUUGACACUCAUUGUUACCACGGGCCGUGGAGCGAGUGGAGCGAAGUGCAAACCUUGACCACCAAAGCAGUUGCCAAUCCCAUUCUGCUCUACGCCCUGAUUCCCAUAGGUGUCAUUGUACUUGUAAUGUUCGCUUUCUGUGGAUACAGAGCUCUGGUACGGUACACAAAGCACUGGAAUGAAAGGAUUCCCAAUCCAAACAAGAGCGCCAUCAUUAAAGGCUUACAGAAGACAAAGGCAAGCAUUGCACUCGGGGACAGGUUAGUGAUGCGCUAUCUAACUUUGCAGAAUGGAUCGUAUUUGCCUUAUGGAGAACAUCUGUACGUGGAACCCUACAACAACGCAAUGAUGUGGACGUCUUCAGAUUCAAAGGAUUCUCGCCAUGCGUAUCAGAAUGUAGAACACAUCAGCAGACUAGACAGUGACCUGAUUUCUGAGGAAGAUACGGAUUGUUCUAUCAUUUGUGACCUGAAAGAAGACUAUCCAACCGCCACCGUCGUCGAUGGUUAUAAGCCUUUUACGGACGUGGCGGAUGAACAAGAAAGCGAAGACAUUAAGGACCCGCAGUUCGUGUUUUCUGCCUUUGAUGGACCUUAUCUGUUCUCUGAAAGUAACUUAUCGUGAUAUUGGCUCUUC